AUGGAGAAAAGAUUGGAAGUCAAGUCCAGCAUCGGUGCCCGAUUUGUGCCCGGUCCGUGCCCGGGACGGCUGCCGGGGCUGCGCCUGCUCUGCCUGUGCGCCUGCCUGUGUGCCUUGUGCCGCCCCGCAGAUGCAAAUUGGAACAGAUCUAAAUGCCAGCCAGGGAAAAUCUUAUUUGGUUGCCGUUUGAGAUCGUGGGACGAUGGCCACUUGCGGCUCCUGGAGGGGUUUCACACUGUACAGUCCUGUCAGACUGCCUGCUGCCAGAGCCCUGCCUGUGAUGCCUUUUGGUUCUUGGAAAAUAUGUGCGUCCAGGUGAACUGCACUAUGCCUGGCAUGUGUCAGGCAAACAGGACUGGCUCUCCUGACUCCGUUUUGGUGUUUCUAGAGAAAUCAAAAAGCACAGAGCACUUCUUGAAGCAUCAAACAGAAGGUGAUGCAAAGACCUGGCUUCACAAGUGGCUGGACUGGGACAUCUCUGCCCGAGGUAAAAAAAGACUGCGGAGGUCCUUGGCAAGUGGCAGAGUGGCCCUUCUGGAAGGGGACCUGGUGGCUGUCCCCAGCGGUGGCCAGGCAGCCAGCCCUCCGGACAGCAAAUCCAGAGGGAGCCGAAGGGAAGCCGUGUCGAAGGAUCAAGCACUAAGAUCUUCAGUGCCGGACAGGCCUGUUCCUGAAGACCAUCCCAGUCAAAAGGAGGACUCACUUGAAAACGGACAGAAUCCAAGAGAGCCGAAAGCCAAGAGCCCGUUCCCUCCUAGCAGCAAUAACGUCACCAGCCCGAGUGAUGCCAGUGGCACUGGCUUUCUGCAGGUCCACCCAGGAACAGCAGCGCCAGCACCAUCAGCCCUGGCUACGUUCUCCAGCCCUGCCGUCCUGGGCCUGACAGCCGUUGGGAAGACCGAGAAACCUAAGCAGCCAGAUGAUGCCUUGGUCCAUCCUCACUCCUCAGACGUGUUGCCCACGGUCAGCCCCGUGAAGGGGAGAACCACAGUGAGGAUGGAGGUCGCUACUCCCGUGCCGAGCGGCGUUCCCACGAACGGCAGCAUUCCCGCUCUCCCGACCGGCGCUGCUGCGUCACCAAGUACAACUGCGCCCGCCCCAGUUAUAAAGGAGCUGGUGGUUUCCGCUGGAGACAGCGUCCAGGUGACCCUGCCGAAGAAUGAAGUUCUGCUGAACGCGUUUGUGCUGCCGGAACCACCACCUCGUAAGGCUUCCCUGGGAACACCAGUCUCCUAUGAGUGGGAACUCAUUACUCAUCCAAAAGACUACAGCGGAGAAAUGGAAGGGAAGCGCUCCCACAUCCUUAAGUUAUCUAAGCUUACUGUUGGCCUCUAUGAAUUCAAAGUCAUUGUGGAUGGGGAAAAUGCACAUGGAGAGGGUUAUGUGAACGUGACGGUGAAUCCAAAGCCUCGGGUGAACCAGCCCCCGGUUGCCGUCGUGUCCCCGCAGUUCCAGGAGAUUUCACUGCCGACUAUUUCGACUGUGAUCGAUGGCAGCCAAAGCACUGAUGAUGAUAAAAUUGUCAGUUACCAUUGGGAAGAACUGAAGGGUCCUUUGCGAGAGGAAAAGGUUUCUACUGAUACUGCCAUAUUGACGCUGACCAACCUCCUACCUGGGAAUUACACGUUCAG